AAUUGCCAACUGUAAUGUCAUAGAUACAUAUCACCGUCACACCUCUUUCCUAUCUUUCCUCAAUCAAAUCUGCCGUUAAUCAAGAUAACAACGCAUUCCAUUUCGAAUCUUGAAAUAUUCAUAAGGAUCUUCCUUUUGAACAAAUCUUAUACUCAUUUUUUCUAUCUUUAGUAUAAUCUCGUACCCUUCUUUUCCCUUUACCCUCUCUGCAUAUUCCUCAACCCUCAUUGGAUCGAUCUUUAAGGUUCCUUUCCCUUCUCUAAAAAGGUAUCUGAAUCGAGAUUGAGUUGUUGUGUUGCAAGCAGUCAUUUGAUGGUUUAUGAUCAGUCAAGGAGUUAGUACAUCAUAUUAAUUGAGGAGGUUUUUCGUAUACGAUGGGUUGAAUUCAAGGAUUGAGUGUGGUGGAAGUUUAGAAGAAUUGUGUUUUUGUAGUGUAAUAUCAAGGUGGGAGAAUUUGGAUUCGAUUUCUGGUGUUUGGGAUGGAUCAACGAAGUGGAAGGGAGAAAGAUAUUGAAGUUGAUCUUGAAAGUGGAUUGCCACUAAUCGAAGAUAACUCAAGGAGAAUCUCUAUCAUUUCUGGUGGAUUUGUUGGAGGUUCUGUUAAUGGCGAAGCCAGGCCAAGUUCUUAUUUGAAUGAAUCAAAUUUAAGUGAAGUUUCUGUGAAUAUGAUGAAAGUGGUGAACAAGGCUCCAGCAAAAGAAAAACGGAAAAAGGCGUCGGGUAAAAAGGCUGCCAAACCUCCGCGACCUCCACAAGGCCCGUCUUUGGACGCAGCAGAUCAUAAACUAAUAAAGGAGAUGUCUGAACUUGCGAUGUUGAAGCGUGCAAGAAUAGAGCGUAUGAAAGCAUUGAAGAAAAUGAGAACUGCGAAAUCGUCGACGCCGUCAUCUAAUAGCAGCAGCAUUGUGGCUAUGGUUUUCACUGUUAUCUUCUUCAUUGUGAUAAUCUGCCAAGGCAUGUCAUCAACUGGAAAAAGCUCAGUGUCAAGUUUCCAAGGAUCACCUGUAUCAGCAGGAGGAACAGAGGAGGGUUUGAUUUCGGUUCAGUACCAACUCAAUCCAUCAAGUGAUUCAAAUGCGCCGGGGUCGGAGUCCAUCAAUUUUGUACAGCGGGUAUCAGGUUCAGAUUUGCACGAAAAACUGAGGAGAGAUUGAGGUUACUGCAAUCUUUAAUGACAAAAAGAAUGUCAUCCAUCACUUGUGUAUUAAAAUAUGAGAUGGCUUAGUUUUGUUGUUGUUCUCAUACAAACUUUCCUUUUUGUCUUGCAAUAUUUCUUUAUUGUUUCUUUAUGUGAUUGGUAAUUUAUCCCUUUUUAUGUAUAUUAACCAAUAUUGGGGGGUGAGUUAAAUUACCAUAGCAGAAUUACCACUUGUUUUUCUCACUGGUUUGCCAAAUAGGCCCUGUUACUUUUUUACCCUCAGCAACUUCCUGUUGCUCAUGGUUGUUGACAUUGAGAUGGCUACUUUACUUUUGAAGAUAAAAAACAAUGGUUCUGAUUAUAUUUGUUUAAAUUAAGACAAUUGUUUUAUAGUGUU